CUCUCCAGAGCACGGCAGCGCACAGUUCGACCCCCAAUUUCAAUGCAGCGUCUGCAGAUCCCUCUGAAGCCUUCCAUCCCGCUCGCUCCGGCCCACGGCUAUCUUGCAGCUUCCCAGCACCACCGCCAGCCGUUAUGCGGUAAUAGCGAAGGAUGGGGGCCUCUCAGCCCACACCGAUAUGAUUUCACACCCUGCUUUCUGGAUGUCUGGAUAGCUGUCGUGGCCGCGCUGGGUAUACUGGGUGGAGCUGGUGCAUCUUGGUAUCUUCUACGCCACUGUUCCGCGCAGCCCGUCAAGAAGAAUUGGCAUUUCUACGCAAAGCUGAGCACAAUCGCUGCCCUGAUCCUCACAACCGCAUUGCAAGCUGCCCUCCAAAUCGAAUACUUCAAAGGCAUAUGGGCCGGCGACUUCCGAUUCUGGACCUCCAUCGUUACCAUCAUUUCUCUCGGCGUAGUCUUUUUCGUCCAAUACACCGAACAUUGGCGGUCGCGUAAUGCGAAUGGAGUGGUGUUGUUCUACUGGUUGUUCUUGCUCAUCGCGUACGCGGUCAAGCUUCGGUCGCUGGUCGCUCAAAAGAUACAUCAUGAGCAUGUGGCUUAUUUCGUUCUUUAUUGCGUCAGUGUCGGAUUAGCAGCUACAGAGUUCACUCUAGAGUGGCUUGUGCAGAAGCGAUUGAGUGACUACGACGCGUUGGGCGACGAUGACGAGUGUCCAUACGAAUACGCUGACGUCUUUUCGGUCCUCACCUUCAGCUGGAUGACCCCAAUGAUGAAGCGGGGAUACAAGACGUUCCUCACCCAAGAUGAUCUUUGGACUCUGCGCAAAGCAGACUCGACUCGCGAGACGGCCAAUCUAUUCGAUAAGGCGUGGAAACAUGAACUAGAGAAGAAGAACCCAUCGCUGUGGUUGGCCAUGUUCCGCGCGUUUGGCGGUCCCUACUUUGUUGGCGCGGUGAUCAAGACUGGAAGUGAUGUCCUCAAUUUCGUCCAGCCGCAACUUUUGAGGCUGCUGAUAAGUUUCGUAGCCUCCCACCAUACCGAUCAUCCCCAACCGAUCAUACGUGGAGCCGCUAUUGCACUCGCAAUGUUCGUCGUCUCUGUAACUCAGACUGCUUUGCUACAUCAAUAUUUCCAGCGUUCAUUUGAAACGGGAAUGCGGAUCAAGUCUUCCCUUACUGCUUCCAUCUAUUCGAAGGCCACGCGCCUGUCCAACGAAGGACGUGCUGCAAAAACCACAGGAGACAUUGUCAAUUACAUGGCCGUUGAUACUCAGCGCCUUCAGGACCUUGCACAGUACGGUCAGCAACUUUGGUCUGCGCCUUUCCAGAUAGUGUUGUGCAUGUUGUCCCUGUAUCAACUUCUGGGUUGGAGCAUGUUCGCAGGCGUUGCCGCCAUGAUUAUCAUGAUACCGGUGAAUGGAAUCAUAGCACGCCUUAUGAAGUCGUUGCAAAAGGAGCAGAUGAAAAACAAGGAUGCUCGAACGAGACUCAUGACGGAAAUCCUUAACAAUAUGAAGUCGAUCAAAUUGUACGCAUGGACAACGGCUUUCAUGAACCGUCUGAACCAUAUCCGUAAUGACCAAGAACUCAAGACCCUGCGGAAGAUCGGAGCCACAACGGCAAUGUCCAAUUUCACGUGGUCCACCACCCCAUUUUUGGUGUCGUGCUCUACUUUCGGUCUUUUUGUUCUCACACAGCAAAGAGCAUUGACGACUGACAUAGUGUUUCCGGCUCUUACUCUGUUCAACUUGUUGACGUUCCCUCUCGCUAUCCUUCCCAUGGUAAUCACAGCCAUUGUGGAGGCUUCGGUAGCAGUAGGUCGCCUUACCAGCUUUUUGACUGCUGAAGAACUCCAAGAAGACGCCGUUCGUCGCAGGGACGCAGUCGAAGAAAAUGGCGAAGAGUCAGUUCGCAUUCGCGAGGCAAGUUUCACGUGGGACAGGCACCAAGAGCGACGCGCUUUACACGACAUCAACUUUUCAGCCAAUAAGGGUGAACUUGCAUGCAUCGUCGGUCGUGUUGGUUCUGGAAAAUCGUCACUUCUACAAGCGUUCCUUGGAGAUCUUUGGAAAAUCAAGGGCGAUGUGUCAGUGAGAGGAAAAACAGCCUAUGUUCCCCAGCAAGCUUGGGUCAUGAAUGCAUCUGUGAGGGAGAAUAUUGUUUUUGGCCAUCGAUGGGAUCCAGAGUUCUACGAUAAGACCGUGAACGCAUGCGCUCUUCGCGACGACUUCUUACAGCUUCCCGACGGGGAUCAAACUGAGGUUGGCGAACGUGGUAUUUCCCUCUCAGGCGGGCAGAAAGCGCGACUGACACUUGCCCGUGCUGUGUAUGCCCGUGCUGACGUUUAUCUCUUGGAUGACUGUCUCUCGGCCGUUGACCAGCACGUUGGGAGACAUUUGAUUGAUAAUGUUCUUGGUCCUAAGGGACUACUGGCUAGCAAAACCAGGAUUCUGGCCACCAAUUCAAUCCCGGUUCUGAUGCAAUCGGAUAUGAUCGUAUUGCUCCGAGAGGGCAGGGUACUUGAAAGGGGCACAUACAAUCAACUCAUGGCCAUGAAAGGAGAGAUCGCGGCUCUUAUAAAAGCAUCCCAGAAUGAAGACCAGGGCGAAGAUGAAAGGACACUAUCAGAGAGUGUUGUCAGCGAAGAAGAGGCCAUGAGCCCUUUCUCGGAUGACGAAGAUCUCAAUGAAGCCGAGGCUGCACAAGAGAACACCCACCUGGCACCGCUCCGUCCCAGCAACGGCACGGCCCGCAAGAGCAGUUUCAAUACAUUGAGGCGUGCGAGCACGGCUAGCUUCCGCGGCCCCCGGGGCAAGGUUCUGGACGAAGAGGGCGGAGCUUUGAAGAGCAAACAGCAGAAAGAAGUUUCUGAACAAGGCAAAGUGAAGUGGUCUGUUUACGCCGAGUACGCAAAGGUCAGCAAUCUCAUCGCGGUUGGGGUCUACCUUGCGCUGCUCGUGGGUGUGCAAACACUAUCUGUCGGCGGAAGUGUGUGGCUCAAGACUUGGUCCGAGGUCAACCAGAGGUACGGCGGCAACCCGCAGGUCGGCAAGUACAUCGGAAUCUACUUUGCAUUUGGCGUGGGAUCUGCUGCACUCAAUGUUGUCCAAACUCUCAUUCUCUGGAUAUUCUGCUCGAUUGAAGCAAGCAGGAAGCUGCAUGAGCGGAUGGCAUACGCGAUAUUCCGCUCACCAAUGAGUUUCUUCGACACCACACCGGCUGGCAGAAUCUUGAACCGAUUUUCCAGCGAUAUAUACCGCGUUGAUGAGGUUCUAGCCCGAACUUUCAACAUGUUGUUUGUCAACACGGCAAGAGCCGCCUUCACCCUGGCCAUCAUUUCGGCUUCGACGCCUGUAUUCAUAGCUCUCAUCCUCCCCCUUGGUGCACUUUAUCUCUACAUCCAGAGGUAUUAUUUGCGCACGUCACGGGAGUUAAAACGACUAGACAGUAUCAGCCGCAGCCCCAUGUAUGCCCACUUUCAAGAGUCAUUGAGUGGUAUGAGCACUAUCCGAGCAUAUGGCCAACAAAACCGCUUUGAAUUGGAGAACGAGUGGCGCGUAGAUGCAAAUUUGCGUGCCUACUUUCCCUCUAUAAGCGCCAACCGAUGGCUUGCAGUGCGCCUGGAGUUCAUUGGGUCUGUCAUCAUUUUGGCUUCCGCUGGAUUUGCCAUCAUCUCCGUUGCCAGCCACAGCAACUUAUCUGCGGGCAUGGUCGGUCUUUCCAUGUCCUACGCUUUGCAGAUCACCCAGUCUCUCAAUUGGAUUGUGCGCCAAAGUGUCGAAGUUGAAUCUAACAUUGUGGCUGUCGAGCGAGUGCUUGAAUACGCAGCUCUACCAACUGAAGCACCCGAAAUCAUUUCCAAGAACCGACCACCAGUGAGCUGGCCGUCGCAGGGUGGUGUGUCGUUUAACAACUACAGUACCAGAUACAGGGAAGGCCUUGAUCUGGUUCUCAAGAACGUCAGUCUCGACAUCAAGCCACAUGAGAAGAUCGGAGUCGUCGGUCGAACGGGUGCGGGAAAGAGCAGUCUAACUUUAGCCUUGUUCCGCGUAAUUGAACCUACGGAUGGCAACGUUAGCAUUGACAAUCUCAAUACCAGCACCAUCGGCCUGCUAGAUCUACGACGCCGUUUGGCUAUUAUUCCUCAAGAUGCUGCCCUUUUCGAAGGUACAUUGCGCGACAAUCUGGACCCAGGCCACGUACACGAUGACACUGAAUUGUGGAGCGUUCUCGAACAUGCUCGUCUCAAGGAUCAUGUCGAUAGCAUGCCAGGGAAAUUAGAGGCUACGAUCAACGAAGGCGGCUCCAAUCUUAGCGCAGGCCAGCGGCAGCUUGUUUCUUUGGCGCGCGCUUUGCUUGCUCCCAGCAACAUUCUGGUUCUAGACGAAGCAACCGCUGCUGUUGAUGUGGAGACCGAUGCCAUGCUCCAGACUACACUCCGCAGCCCCAUGUUCCGAAACCGCACGAUCAUCACCAUAGCACACCGAAUCAAUACAAUUCUGGACUCUGACAGAAUCAUCGUGCUGGACCGCGGUACGGUUGCGGAAUUCGACAGUCCCGCUGAACUGGUCAGACGGAAGGGCCUAUUUUAUGGUCUGGUCAAGGAGGCUGGGCUUCUAAACUCGUUGGAAGUCACGCAGACCUAA